GGGGAGGCCGAGGGAGGGAGGCAGCUCUGACUGAGGCAGGAGGACGCCCAGGAGACACAUUUAACCGCUUUUCUUUGUAAUCUUUGGCACACGUGAAAAGACGGGGCGGUUUGAAAUGUCUCUCAUCCUGACCGUGUUGGACAAGUUGGCCUACUUCCUGUCUCUGGUAGCGUUCUGUGUCAGCGUGUCCUACAGCUGGUUGAAAUGAGGCCGUUUGGUUUGAGGUUUGAGGUUUGGGUUGAGUUGGGAUGUUUUUACUGAAGCCCAGUGGACGCCUGCCUCCUGACAGUGAGUCUCUGAUUUACUGCUUUACCUUCAAACAUCUGAGUCUGUGUGUGAAACCGUCUGACGCGUCACCGCUCAGGUUUAACUGAAGACCAGACACGAGGAUGAUGAUGAUGCAGAGACGAGUCCUGGUAGCGUCCCACGUCUUUGCUCUGGUUCUGUUUGUUUCAUCCAACAACGACUUCGACUGGACCAAGAACGACAGGACGUCUUUCCACUACGGCACCUUCCCACCCGGUUUUUCCUGGGGGGCUGGAAGCUCCGCGUAUCAAACCGAAGGCGCCUGGAACAUCGAUGGGAAGGGAAUGAGCAUCUGGGACGCGUUCACCCACAAGAAGGGAAAGAUCCUCUCCAACGACACGGGAGAUUCAUCAUGUGACGGCUACCACAAGUUCAAGGACGACAUUAACCUGAUGAAGGACAUGAAACUGAACCAUUAUCGUUUCUCCAUCUCCUGGCCAAGGAUUUUACCCGGCGGACUGAAAGGUGAACACAUCAACGAGAAAGGAAUCAAAUACUACGACGACCUGAUCAACAUGCUCCUGGACAACCAGAUCACGCCCAUAGUGACUCUGUACCACUGGGACUUACCACAGGUGCUGCAGGAGAAAUACGGCGGCUGGCAGAACGCCACCAUGGUCGACUACUUCAACGACUUCGCCAACCUGUGCUUCGAAAGGUUCGGGAACAGAGUCAAGUUCUGGAUCACGUUCAACAACCCGUGGUCCAUCGCUGUGGAGGGAUAUGAAACCGGGGAGCAUGCGCCUGGACUCAAGCUGAGGGGAACAGGAGCCUAUAAAGCUGCUCACCACAUCAUCAAGGCUCACGCUAAAGUCUGGCACACGUACGACAUCCAGUGGAGAAGCAAACAGAAAGGUCUGGUCGGGAUCUCUCUCACCGCCGACUGGGGGGAACCGGUGGACGUCUCCAACCAGAGGGACAUCGAAGCCGCAGAGCGAUAUAUUCAGUUCUACAUGGGCUGGUUUGCUACACCCAUCUUCAACGGAGACUACCCCCAGGUCAUGAAAGAUUACGUCGGCAGGAAGAGUGGCCAGCAGGGCCUGGGAGCCUCUCGGCUGCCGGUGUUCUCUCCUCAGGAGAAGAGUUACAUCAAGGGCUCCUGCGACUUCCUGGGCCUCGGACAUUUCACGACGCGCUACAUCACCCAGAAGAAUUACCCGUCGGGCCUCGGAGACAGCUACUUCGUGGACCGUGACCUCGCCGAGUUGGUGGACCCGCGGUGGCCCGACCCCGGCUCCGAAUGGCUCUACUCGGUUCCUUGGGGCUUUCGACGUUUGUUGAACUUCGUGAAGAGUCAGUAUGGGAACCCGAUGAUCUACGUGACGGAGAACGGAGUUUCAGAGAAGAUGCUCUGCACCGACCUCUGCGACGACUGGAGGGUGCAGUACUUCAGAGACUACAUCAACGAAAUGCUGAAAGCGAUUAAAGAUGGCGUGAACGUGAAGGGCUACACAGCCUGGUCUCUGCUUGACAACUUCGAGUGGGAUGAAGGAUACACUGAGAGGUUCGGACUCUACUACGUGGACUUCAGGAACAAAAACAAACCGCGGUACCCAAAGGCCUCCGUUCAGUUCUAUAAACGCAUCAUCAGCUCCAAUGGCUUCCCCAACCUGAGAGAGGUGGAGAGCUGGAAGAGGAAAGCUGUGGAGACCUGUUCCUCCAGUAACCAGCUCCUGGCUGCAGAUCCGCUCAUCGGUCACAUGGAGAUGGUGUCGGAGAUCGUGGUUCCCACCGUCUGCACGCUGUGCAUCCUCCUCAGCGCCGUCUUCCUCAUGUUCCUGCUGAGAGGACGGAUCUGAAACGUCGGACCUCAGGGGCCCUGGAGAAAAAACAAAAAACAAGAAUCCUGUCGAGAUUUAACUGUCCCGCCGCUCUGCAGGAACUCAAGCUUGAUGCUUUCUAUUAUUUUCAUUUUAUUUCUUUUCCUCCAGCUGACUGCAGAGAGGAGCUGGUUUGACUGUCAACAAGUUUGAGAUAAAGUGUUGUACACUCUGUGGAUCAUUAAACUUCUAUUAAACACAAUA